AUCCUUUCUUGCUCUGUUUCUAGAGACAUAUGGCUGCCUGUUUUCCCUGUUCCGGUCCAGCGUCCGCUACCCCACCCCUCCUCUUUCUCCAAACUUUUCUAUAGCCUUCUCUCUUUUGAGGGGCAGCUGGAGACGGAGGGAGGUGUUGGAAUCCUCUCUCUCUCUUUCGAUUUCGAUUUUCCUAUUGAUAAAAAAUGGAAUCCAUUCCAGAGUCCAGAUUUUGCGAGAAGUAGUCUUCAUUCCAAGCAGUGUUUUUUAGCCUUUCAGUCACUUUUAUCUUUGGUUUUUAGCUUAUGGAUUGAUUUUUUGCUUAAGGUUCUAUAUGGGAAUAAGGUGAUAUUGAGGGAAAGAGGAGGUUUUGAUCAUCAAAAUUUGAUCUUUAGAUCAGAAAAUCUGUCUUCCAAAUGGGUAAUGUUAGUAGUAUCCGGGAAGGAGAGGAGGAGGGGCGGCAGCAGGAGGGGGAGGGGCAGGCUCUUAGCUCUCAGUCUCGAGGAAAGUCAGAAGAUUUGAUGGGGCAGAGCCCUCCACAGAGCCCCAGACGUGCAGCAAGGUCUCCUCUGCUCUUCACUCCUCAGAACCCCGCGGUUCCACUGCAGAGACUUGAAGAGAUGCAUUCAGCAAGUGAUUCAUGGAUGCAAGGUUUAACCGAGUACGAGAAUGUCAUCUAUGACCAAGGAAUUCCAACAAUGAUAACCUGGAGCCAUGGUGGCAAGGAAGUCUUUGUGGAAGGAUCCUGGGAUAACUGGAAGACAAAGAAACCAUUGCAAAAGUCGGGCAAGGACUUCACGAUCAUGAAAGUACUUCCAUCAGGUUUCUACCAGUACAGAUUCAUCGUUGAUGGAGAAUGGAGGUAUGCACCUGACAUUCCCUGGAUGCAUGAUGAUAUAGGGAAUGCUUAUAACAUCUUAGACUUGAAGGAAUUUGUCGCUGAGGACAUAGAAAGUAUUGCUGGUUUUGAGCCACCUCAGUCACCUGACUCAAGUUAUAACAACUGGCCACUUGGUUCAGAGGAUUUUGCCAAAGAACCACCAAUUGUCCCUCCACAGCUGCACCUUACCCUUCUGAAUGCACCAGCCGACAUAGAGAGCCCCUCCUCUCUGUCGAGACCUCCGCAUGUAGUGCUGAAUCACCUUUACAUUCAGAAAGGGAGGAGUGGUCAACCCAUGGUGGCACUUGGUGCAACACGCAGGUUUCUGUCUAAGUACGUCACUGUGGUGCUCUACAAGUCCUUGCAGCGGUAAUUACUGAUAGAGUGGAUCGCAUAGAUGUAAGGACUUGGGAGAGAUUGAUGUAGAGUGUGCUCAUAUAAGCAUAAUGAAUUAUGCCAAAGACUUCCAACUACAGUGGAGAAAAGAAAGAAAUAUAAACAAGGCUGAUAUCUCUACUCAAGGCAGAGAUCAAACAUCAGAUAAUUAUAGUGAUGUUGGUUAAAUGUUUGGAGUAGAAUAUUCUUCAAGUUUCACUUUCAUGAGCAUUGGCUUUGAGUUAUGUGACAAGUUGCUUGUAAAUUGAAAAGUUGAAAAAAGAAAUGAAAACCUCAUGUCUGAACACUACGAAAAUUUUUAAGUGAUGAGAUGAUGCAUAAAAAGAUUGUAGGC